AGCUGAGAUUUCUUUUCUGAAUGCAGAAACCAUAAACUUCAUAGGAGAUUAACUCGAAGAAGAUGUUAAGGAGGCGACUAUCUUCCUUAUUGGCAACAGCCUCAAUCCACCAUUCUUCGAUUUGCAACAGAUCAAGCUUCAUCACUACAACAAUCUCAUCACAUUCUCCAUUUUCAUCGAUACAGCUGACCCGCCACCCUAUCCCAAAACCAGAUAACUUGUUCUUCCCCAAUGGAAUUAGAGCUUACAGUCUCCUCAGUCUGAAUGAUUUGAGAGAUAACCCUGGAAGAAAGCAUAAGAGGAAGAGAAAAGGUCGUGGGAUUGGUUCUGGUCUAGGGAAGACUGGAGGGAGGGGUCAUAAAGGGCAAAAGGCGAGAGGGACUAUGAAAUUCGGAUUCGAAGGUGGGCAGACCCCUCUUCGUCGUCGAUUGCCGAAACGAGGGUUUACGAAUCCUUUUAGCCUCACAUUUCAGCCAGUAGGUUUGGGUAAGAUUGCGAAACUUAUAAAUACUGGCAAGAUUGACUCAUCAGAGUUGAUCACAAUGAAGACUCUAAAGGACACUGGAGCAAUUGGGAAACAGAUAAAAGAUGGGGUACGAUUGAUGGGGCGUGGUGCAGAACAGAUCAAGUGGCCAAUUCAUUUUGAGGUGUCGAGGGUGACUGUUAGGGCAAAGGCCGCAGUAGAAGCUGCAGGUGGAUCUGUGAGGAGAGUGUAUUACAACAAGUUGGGCUUCCGUGCACUGCUUAAGCCUGAGUGGUUUGAAAAGAAGGGUCGGUUACUUCCAAAAGCAGCCAGGCCUCCACCAAAGCAGCGGGAUAAGGUUGAUAGCAUUGGUCGCCUACCUGCCCCAACCAAACCAAUUCCAUUUCUGCCAGAAGAGAAAGUUGCAACUGCAACUCCUGUUGCUUCAUAAACUAAAGUUGUGGGUUUUCUCAUUGAGUAUCUGCUUGAGAGUUUUUUGAUUUGUUGAGGGUACUUGUCCAUUGAGGAAUUGUUGCAUGACAUACUUUUUAAUAAUAAGAUCAUUUCAACUCUUUUUAUUA